GACAGCCAUUAGUUUGUUAGACACAGUGAUCAGAGGCAACACUAAACAACUCCCAAACCAUAGCAGUUGUUGUUUCCUUGGCUUUCAUCACAACCACUGUUACCACAAAACCAGUCGUUAAGGAAAGGAAUCGACCAAAAGUGCCGCGACUGUUGUCCGCCGUCUUCGCAGCCCAUCCACGCGUUGCCAUCUCUUCACCACCGCUGCCAUCGCCGCCGCGUGUGUGCGAGAUAUGCAACAAAACACAUCCACAGUCAACACCGCGACCACCACUACAUCGUCGGCGAAGUCGUCGACAACAGAGCACGCGAUCCAAUCGGCGCCGCACUCCACAGCCGUCACGGCGUCCUCUGUGGCCGCGCAAGCGGUCAACUCGUUGUCGGCCGCAGCCAUCAAAGGCGAACAGUUCAGCACAAGCGCCGCUUCGACCACCGCUCAGGUGAUUACGGUUGUGGCGCCCACUCAUAACACCACAUCUCAUGGCAAUAACCUGAUCGCUGGCCAACCGGUUGUGGUUCAAGUGUCGAGCGGCGGACAGUUUAUAGCUGUGGCCGUAUCACCAGAAAGUGCCGGACAGACCAGCGGUGGCCAACAGUCCGACUCGGCAGCUGUAGCUUCGGGUGCGGCCACCGCUUCGACCGAUGAGGACGACGGACAGUCCGGUUUCGAGGACUUCGCGACCGCCGCCUACACUAACGGAGCCAACUCUGGAUCAGCUAUGACAUAUUACACGACCGACUCGUAUACGACGGCAACUGCUUAUUACAACACUGGUGGCGUGAAUCAGAUACUAACUGAUGGCACAUAUCUAGUGAUGGAACAGACGGACCCGACACUGACCGGCGGUUCGGGAGCCCAACGCACAUCACCCCAAACAGAUAAACAACAGCAGUCACUACCAGCACACGGGAGGCUACAGUCAAACACUAGUACUACCGGUGCUUUACUAAUCAAUCCUUUUACUCUUCAAACCGAUCCGCACAACACAUCGAAUACGACCGCAAAUACCACUCAUAUUAAUACCGCUUCUCUUCAACAGCAACACCAAAAUGUUCGCGAUAUGGAUAUCGUUCAUGUUCAAUGGCUUAUCGAGAAUUAUGAGACGGCAGAGGGUGUAUCCCUCCCGCGGUCGACACUGUACUCCCAUUAUCAGCAACACUGCCAACAGCACAACAUAGAGCCCGUGAACGCGGCCUCAUUUGGCAAAUUGAUUCGUUCCGUAUUUAUCGGUCUCCGGACGCGAAGACUCGGCACAAGAGGCAAUUCAAAAUACCAUUACUACGGCAUACGCGUAAAGCCCGGCUCAUCACUCGCCAGACUUAGCGAUAUCGGCACCGCUUCGGGAAUACUCAGCGGUUCCGAGUCGUCGCCGACGCCGCCCACGAAACGGGCGAAGACCAGUAAUUCCAUUAGCACUGGAGGUUCCAAAGUUGUAGUCAACGCCGCGGCGGGAGAUAAUAGUCAUCAAACGCCUGUCACAUCGGCCACACCGGAAGUCCUUCUGUCAUAUCUCGGUGAUUCAUCGCUAAUAUUGCCGACCGUUUGGCCCGAAGUUCCCGACAAUUUGAACGUAAAUGAGACCCAAAAGCUAUUUUCCAAAUUCACGUCAUUAUAUCGUUCGCAUUACGACGAGAUAAUCACCGCUUUGGGUAACCUUCAGUUUAAUUCCGUGGAAGUGAUUUGGCAGCAGUUCUGGCAAAGACCCGACAAUUGUGACAAUAAAGAUGAUGUGAUGACAAUAUCACAACUUCAAGGCCUGACGACGUCGGGCGACGAGUCCUCCGAGAGUACAAUACCGGCGAUCGCCGAUUGGAUAAUACAAACCGAUUACACGAUGUAUAACGCGAUCAUAUCGUCGCUAUUACUUCCAAACCUCUUGCGUCCGAUACCACAGAAUCUGACGCAACAAAUACGCAAUUUUGCCAAAAAUAUCAACCAAUGGAUGACCAAUGCGUUAGUCGGAUACGAUGACGAGUUUGUGUUGUUGAAAGUGGCGGCCGUCGGGGCCUUCAGUCAUACCCUACGCCGAUACACAUCGCUUAACCACUUGUCAUCGGCCGCCAGAGCUGUCCUACAAAAUCAGCAACAAAUCCAGCAAAUGAUUAACGAUUUAAAUCGAGUCGACUUUAAGAACGUUCAGGUAAUUGAUUGA